AUGGCAGAUCCCAACCCUAACCCCGUCCAAGCCUCGGCCAUUCCUAAGCUUUGGUCAGUUGGCUCUGUCGAACUCAAGGAGCAGGCUGCUGAGGAAAACGAAGCUCGCCCGGCUAUCCCUUACAGGGCAGGCAUCGGCCUGCCGGUCCAGAAACACUGCUCCAGCUUCCCUCAAUACAUACCUCCCAAACAACACUCGCAGUAUCUGGCAGAUUUGUGGCAUCCCUAUCAAGCACAACAAUAUGGAGCUCAAGCCAGAGUGACCCAUCAUGGCCAUCCUCCCAAUAAUCUCCCACCCACUGCUCGUAACCUCACGUGUCCGGACAGUCCGUAUCAAUUUCUGCGUUCUAAGGAACUUGAAGAUCCUUUUGUGGAUGUUCCUGCGAAGGGAGUCGGGGCUUCUUCUCACUUUCACUGCUACCCUCCUCCUGUCGAACUCUUCAAUCCAUAUGUCAGCCAUCCAGGUUUGGGUCACCUCGACCACCGCGCUCAACUUGAGCUUGCAAACAUGAAGCGCCUGUCUCGUCGAAAGGUGAUUGAAUCUCCAUUGGCUAACAAGCCUCGUCGACGGAGAGCCGCCAAGGUCCCCGAGCCUGCCGCCGGUAGCUUCAAUUCCCGUGACUUGGGAAAGGCACCUCAGGGAAAGAGCAACGCCCGCGUGUCUCCUGACCUCCGCCCUGAGUCUGCUCUGCAACGCAGACCUCGCAAAGAAACUCCCCUAGCCAUCCCUGUCUCGAGCUCGGCUAUGCUGAAUGCUACACCCAAUCCUGUUUUUGCUAACGCGGAUGUCAGUCAGCUUGACUUGAACAGUGUGGGAACUGUGGCGGACCUUCCUCGUGUUUGCACUCCUGGGUCCACGUUUUCUCCUGAUACGGAAGCCUUCUUGACAUACUCGGGAAGCCCUGGUUGGUCUCAGAAUCUCACUUGCAGUGAGGACUGGAGCAACGCAAGCCUGCCAACCGGGAUGCGUGGCCAUGGAAUUGAGAACUUCUCCCAAAGCAGCUCUUCUGGGGAUACGCCAAUCUCGCAAUUCGAGAGAUGGCUAGACGGAUUGGCAGAUGACGAGCCUGGCCCAUCACAGGGCCCAUCGCAGGGCACAGCCAACCGAGAAAUUCUUUACAUCCUCACUCUACGAGAAAUCAUUGAAGUCAGUUCAAUUCGCAAAUACUUACAACAUUGCCAAGAUUUUACUCCAAUUCUAACCAAAACCAAAGUUGUCCAGCCUCUUCAACUCUGGAGAGCAGCCAAGAAACUGAGACAGUCCACAGAUGGGAAGGGUUGCCGGGUCGCAAAGAAUGCACACGAAAGGCAUGAGGAGGAGACUGGGGAAAUACUGAUUGAGAUACUGGAGGAAAGUCGACAUGACGGUUCACCGGCCUCGUCUUUCAGUCUUGCAAUACUGAAAAAGGUUCUAGCUCACAUACUUCAGACGGUGCUGCACAGCAAGUCCGUCUUCUAUGGAUCGUUCCCAUCAAUUGUCGGAUUAGUGAAUGAAAGAGGAAUUUCUAUCGUAUCUGCAUCUCUACCGGAGAGGCCAAACUCUCUGUUUGUCCUUUGUACCAGACAUCCUUUCCCUCAAGAGAGAAAGGCGAGUUACUUUAACAGCCGAGGCAAUGGUUUGCUUCCAAGCUUGGACUGCUCGCAUCCAAGUCAACACAAAUAUGGCAAAACAGUAUUAGACAAGACCAUUGGAGUUGUCAAUUCCCUGCCGAUAUCUAUGCAUUCCGCUGCUAAUGACUCUGAGCCGCCAGGUUUGACCAGUGACUCCAGUUCAAAUGAAGCUGGGAACGCUAAAGACAAUGUGACGUCUAGCGACUAUAUGUCAUUUUUGGUUGAAAAUGAUAUGGUGGUGCUUUCUCUUUCUCCGACUGUGCAGCUGGAGAAUCUGUUUACUAGGCUUGCCUUUGACCCACCACCGGUUCUCUUCAUAUCAAACGCGUUUCACAGAGUGGAGGAUCAUUGGCUCUUUCUCAGAGACUCAGACUCCUGGUAUCCCUACCCACCUAAGCUGAUAGAGAGAAACUAUGAAUCACCCCUCGAGUUAUUUGGCCCAGGCCCUCCAGUCGAUGUCCCCUUUGAUGCAGAUAUUAUAGCAGCACCCAACACCGGCAUAGUUCUAUCCAAUCUGGAGGAACUGAUGGCAAUGUACCCGCUAGGAUAUCAACAUCGAGACCCUUGUGUCAUGGGAAUUGACGGCUUGAUCUCUCCCUUGAGAGAGAAAAUCUACCGCCUCAUGCCACGCUACGAACACUUAUAUAUUCUCAUCCUCAAACCACCGCAGGAUGAGCCUUCCGCACCGCACACCUCUUUAGGCAUACACUCCAAUGAACAGGUCUCCCUGCGACGCUUCUGCGACAGUUUCGGGGACUUCGCCAAAGCCACUGUGGCAAUCAUUCCCACAGAAAGAGGAUCGAUCGCAAGAUGGGUCUUCGGAAUAGGAAGAACCCACAUCAACGACUCAGGGUUCAUUCACCAACUGGACGACAGACUAUACCAAAUGACCUACGGUGAAGUAGGAGAAACACGCGCAGAAGUCCUCCUCCGCACAAUGGGUCUGAACGCCUACGCUGCACGCAUGUUACUGAGUGAUAAUCGCUACGGCUUUUCGACCCCGGAGCCCAUUGCUGGCAUUGGGUAUGAUCGUUAUAACCCCGAGCAUGCCGAUGAGUGGGCUUUGGAAAGUCUGUUUGCGAUGACCGUCGAGGAAAGACGGAGACACUAUGCUUAUCCUAUUGGCGAGAAGGUUCUUGGGAGGUUUGAAGAGGUUCUUGAGUGGAGUGCUUUGCUUGGUCCUGGGAAUUUCAGUGCGGAUCUGGACCCUGCUUUUCGCGCCUGCAUGGAUGCAGGCGAAAUCCAGGAUGUUGCUUCCCAUUGCACUUCUCUUGUCGGGCAGUAUGACUUUGACUCUCAACGAAUGCAAACGGAUCCUGAUAUGGAGGUCACUCCUAAUGAGAGUGAAACACGACGGUUGGAUAUGGACCUUGAAGAUGUCAGUUCAGUCAGCCAGCAUGGGCUGGACUUUCAACAAAAGAACAUCAAUCCGGAUAUGAGUAUCUCCCCCAGUGAGAAUGAAAUGCGACAGUUGGAUAUGGAUCUUCGAGAUGUCAGUUCUGCCAUGAGUGAUAUUAUCUGA